AUGACCAGUGUACGGUCUCCAGCGGACAGUCCAUCGAGACACAUUACCGUUGUUGAUGUCUACGAUCUUGCCGCAUCCAUUGGAAAGGAUUUUGAGCGAAUCAUCGAACAAUUUGGCCAUGAUAGUGUGAUUGCAGCACUUGAGACUCUGGAAUCACUUGCCAAUCAUAAUGAAAAAGAAAAUGAAGAAAUCUUGAUGUUGAAAAAAGCAGUUGAAAGGCUUGAAAAUGAUAAACAAGUUAAACAGCAAGAUAGGAUCAAAUUUGAAAUGGAGUUGGAAGCAGUUGAGGAGAAUUAUCGAAAAGAAAUUGAUGAUUUAUGGUCAACCGUCAAGAAUCUACAGCUGGAGAAUAAGCAUUUGUCGUUGGUAUCAGGAGAUGCUCCUUCAACACCUACUUCUUCAGGAUGUGAAUGCAUUUCUUCGAAUUUGCAACUGUUCUUGUAA